CAGGAGAGCAGGUUCUCCCCGUGCCUCCCGUUGCUGCUGAGCCCAGCCCAGCGCCGGGCGCUCCCGGAGCAGUUCCUGCAGAGAUCCCAACUGGAUUUCCUUCCCUUGAGAGGAAUCCCGGAUGUUUCUGGAGCUUUCCUGGAKCCUUGGCACAUCCCUGAAGCCCCAUCCCUGYGGGAUCCAGCCCRUCCCUGUGAACUCUGCACRUCACCCCAACAUUCCCAUCCACCCSGAGCUGCWCCCCAAAGCUGCUCUGGAGAGCUCCUGGGGAGCCAGGAGGGACAUGGGGACAGGGAUGGUGACACUGAGCAAAYCAGGGGGGAUCCAGCAAACCCCAGUGCAGAGGAAAGGCUGGAAAAUGGGCUGGAAUGGGGAUCUUCCCAUCACAAACAGCCCUGGAGCAUGGCUGGGGAUAAUGGACAUCCCUCCCUUGGCAGGGACAGCCCUGCUGCUGCUUUGGAGCUUCCAGAGCAGUGUCCAGGGCAGGAGGGAUCCUCAUCCUCAGGAAACUCCUCCUAUAGAACAACCCUGACCAAAAUCUCGGAGAAAAGUGAGAGGGGCAUGUGGGAGGAGAAGGUGAAAGUGCUUUGGAGUGAGGCAGGRGCUCUGGAGAAGCAGGAGAAGGGAGAGGAGGUGCCUGAGCUCUGUUUGGCAGAUCAUUUCUCUGCUGGAUUGAGGAAAGACCUUUCCAAAGAGUCAGGAGCUCAGGAUGUGUCUGGUGCAGAGAAUCCUGAGCCAGGCCAGGGGAUGGUGGAGGGACAUGGAGGAGAACCAGGGCAUGGAAUGAUGGGGGGAUGUGGAGGAGAACCAGGGCAUGGAAUGGUAGGGGGACAUGGAGGAGAACCAGGCCAGGGAAUGGUGAGGAAACAUGGAGGGGAACCAGGCCAUGGAAUGGUGGAGGAAUAUGGAGGAGAGCCAGGGCAGGGAAUGGUGAGGGAUCAUGGAGAAGAACCAGGCCAUGGAAUCCUGUUUGGACAAGGAGGAGAACCAGGCCAUGGAAUGGUGCAGGGACACAGAGCAGAACCAGGCCAUGGAAUGGUGGAGGGACACAGAGCAAAGCCAGGCCAUGGAACACUGAGGGAACAUGGAGGAGAACCAGGCCAUGGAAUGGUAAGGGAUCAUGAAGGAGAACCAGACCAUGGAAUGGCGGAGGAACACAGAGCAGAGCCAGGCCAUGGAAUGAUGGAGGAACAUGGAGAAGAGCCAGGCCAUGGAAUCCUGCAGGGACAUGGAGAAGAACCAGGCCAUGGAAUGGUGGAGGGACACAGAACAGAACCAGGCCAUGGAAUCCUGCAGGGACAUGGAGAAGAACCAGGCCAUGGAAUGCUGAGGGAACACAGAGCAGAGCCAGGCCAUGGAAUGGUACAGGGACACAGAACAGAACCAGGCCAUGGAACUCUGGAGGGACACGGAGCAGAACCAGGCCAUGGAAUGGUGCAGGGACAUAAAGGAGAACCAGGCCAUGGAAUGAUGUACCUGCGGAACCUGGGCAUCGAGCAGUCCCCUGGCACCAUCCUGGCACCCUUCGUGCCCCGGGGCCCCGUGCGGGAGCGGGAGCUGUCCCCGUGA